AAUAUAAGUGUGCAUGCUGUGUGUAAUGAUUGUUGCCUAAAAGGCAUAUAAAUCGGAGCACAGAGCCGCGCGUUGGGAGUAGGAAUUGUGAUCCGAAAAGGUGUUUGCUCAGGUGGAACUCGUGGAUUUGGUGCCGGAAAGGGUUAUAGCGAAAAAGGGUUAUAGACUACAAGAGGGAUGGAGUGAGCUGAUGGCGACGCUGUUACUCCUGUGGCUCAUGUGGCUCCACCUUAUCCCACUUGGCUGGGCGGCCAGCAUCGAGGCCAACAGCCGGAUUGUGGGCGGUGUGCCAGUGGACAUCAGUAGUGUGCCCUAUUUGGUGAACCUGCGCAUCGGUGGCAACUUUAUAUGCGGCGGCUCAUUGGUCACGCCGCAGCAUGUGGUCACUGCCGCCCAUUGCGUCAAGGGAGUGGGUGCCUCACGCAUCCAGGUGGUGGCCGGAGUCACCCAACUCACGGAAACGGGUGUGAGAAGUGGCGUGGACAAGGUCUACACCCCGAAAGCCUACAAUACCCGCACUCUCAGCACAGACGCGGCUGUUUUGAAGCUCAAAACGCCCAUCAGUGGGCCCAAAAUAUCCACCAUUGAGCUGUGCAACGCCACCUUUAAGGCCGGUGAUCUCAUCAAGGUUUCUGGCUGGGGACAGACCACAGAGCGGAAUAGGGCCGUUUCUAUGCAGGUGCGCAGUGUGGAUGUGGCUUUGAUUCCACGAAAGACCUGCAUGAGCCAGUACAGGCUAAGGGGAACCAUCACCAGCACCAUGUUCUGUGCCUCGGUGCCCGGCGUCAAGGAUUCCUGCGAAGGCGACUCCGGCGGACCGGCCGUCUACCAGGGACAACUCUGUGGCAUAGUCUCGUGGGGCGUGGGCUGUGCGCGGAGGAAUUCACCAGGGGUCUAUACGAAUGUCAAGACUGUUAGGGGCUUUAUCGAUAAGGCCUUGGGCAUGUAGGGCCAAAAAUAUAGAACAAUUAAGUUCCUUUAGAUAUUUCAAAAAACAACUAGAAUAUGUAUAAUUUUGAAGUGAAAGAAAUAUAGCCUAUUCAUAAUACCUAUUACUUUUGUAAGAUAUAAAAUGUAUUGUUGUUGUUUAAGCAUUAGCCAAAAAUAAAAAAUAAUAAUUGUAAGUAAAAGAACAAUAUCAUUAUUCACAAUUCCUAUUAUAUCUUUAAGUUAGAAGUUAAUGUCCCUAUUUUAAACCACAAAAUAUUUUUGAUACAAAAUGCCAAAAACAACUAGAAAAUGUAUAAGAGUUAAGUGAAAUAAAUAUAGCAGUAAAAAUUGCA